AUGGCGAGCGGCAUGGGUGAUAAAGUCGCCCUCGCUAACCCUUAUGAGGUGCUGAAGGAGGAAGAUGCGCUCCAGCGCCGUCUGGAGAAGCAGGCCGAAAGGGAGCGUCGCCGUCGUGAGCGACGUGAGGAGAAAGCGGCAGCAGCAGCUGCUGCUGCUGCCGCCUCGGCAGCAGCGACUGCGGCGGCGGCUGCUGCUGCGAAAGCCCAGCUUUCCCCCGGGGCGGCAUCUCUGCUGCAGGGAGCCCGGUGGGCCGACGUAGAAGUGGAUUCUGAAGACGAUGGGCCUCUCACGAUGACAGACCCCUGUCGAGGUGUGCUGAGUGGUGGCAGCAUAGGAGGGCGUAGGCUUCACCAAAGGGACGCCUUCUACUCAGAUGUGGAAACGUCUUCCGAAGAUGAUCUUGCAAGUGGUGCUGCGGAGGAUGCACACGGAGAAGAUCUUGCUGCCAGUAGCAGCAGCAGCAGCGAAGAGGAUGAGGCUCCCGCAGGCAGAGAGCAGCAAGUCAGGUCGCCAACAGAUGGCAGGAGAAAGGCUAAAGGUUCAGGUGGAGUUGCUUCUGAUCCUCUAAAGGGGUUGAGCAGGAAGGAGAGAAAACAGCGUGAAAUGGAGGAGCUCGAGAAGGCCUUGAACGAAGCUGGAAUCACACCGUCAGUCCCCGUGGAGCAAAAGCAGCAGCAGCAACAGCAGCAGCAAGAGGUGGGGAUCAGCAGUGCAAACGGGCGACCCUCCGGCAAUGUGGAAAAAAAGAAGAAAAAGAAGUCGCAGCAGCAACAGCUCCAGAGGCAGCGUGAAUCUGAAUCUGAGGACAACGCGGACACCCCUGCAGCGCCAGAAGACCCGGCGAAGAUCGCUGCUCGCCUUAAGGCGGCGGCUGCAGCAAAGCGCAGCCCCGCAAGCAGUAAAGAGUUGGCGAAGAGAUUGGCCGCUCAAGAGGCAAAGGCGAAGAAGGAGAAAGCGAAAAAGGAAAAGAAGCCAAAACUCUUUUUUCCCCCGAAGCAAUAG